AGUAGUGGAGGAAAUGACAGGGGGGGCGGAAGCGCUAGAUAGGGUCGAGGGAGGUCCGAAAAUGGCUUCGGAGGAAAGACAAGCCUCGGAGGGGCAAAGGAGUGGCACGGAAGUGCGAGUGCACAGGGAUGUGGGGCUGCAGGUGCCGGUGAACGAAGGGGUCACCAAAGCCGCGAGAGGCGUUCCGGUGGAGUCCCGGUGGGCGGACCUAAUGGAUGCGGAAGCAAGGUUAGAAGAAGCGCGGGAAUUUUCUAGAGAUAGACAGAGGUAUCGACCUCUUAGGAGGGAGGAAGAGGAGUGUCAGGACAGGAGGGACUUGAGAGAGGGGAGGUCAGCAGAGGCCGGCGGCAGGCCGCGGAGAUGGGUCGAAAGGGUCCCGGAGGCCGUCACCAGUGAAAGGCAGGGCUUGGUGGGGCCGCGAUCUGGUGUGGAAAUGCGAAUGCCUGCGAGAGAAGGGGCAAUUGAGGGCUCGAGGGACCUUCCCAUAGAAUCUUGGUGGGGGGAUUUACCGGACGCAAGAAUGGGAGAAGUCCUGGAAUUUCCAAGAGAUAAGGAGGGGUACCGACCACCCCGGAGAGAAGAGGAAGGGGGACCAAGUAGAAGGGGCUUUAGAGACAAAAGGCCGGCGGAGGCUGAUGGUAGGCCACGUAGAUGGACCGUAAGAGAAGUAGAUGCUGCAUGGGCGCCCGGCGAGAUUACAGGCAGGAGCCAAGGGGUGGAGGCCUGGAGAUGCUUUAGAGGGCAGGACCACGCUCGGUGGGAAGCAGACUGGCCGGAUGAGCGGGGCCGCUACGCGGAGGACCCCUGGGAGCCACCAAGACCUCGAGGCCAGAUAGAGGAGCCCGAUCCCUCGUGGUACAAGCCAUAUGAUCCGGCAACCAAUGGGCCAAUGAAAGGUCCCUAUUUUCGCCGAUACGACGACCGACGGGUACCGUAUUACGACGUCAACCUAGAUCUGGAGGCGCUUUUCUUCGAUGGACGAGAUGUAACAGGGUUUGUGGAGAAGUGGGAGAGCUAUGCUUACCGUAAAAGAUUCUCCGAAAGAGAGUGGAUCGACUAUUUUAUCCAGCACUCGGACCCCGAGUUAGACACCGCGAUCCGGGCUAUCCACCCCUCCGACGACAGGUGGAGGACCUUCAGGGCGAGCCUAUUGCAGACUUUCUCCUGUGACGACCUGAUCCCAACCGUGGAAGGCUUGAGACGAAUUACGAGGGGGGAUCGAGAGAGCUUGGUGGCCUUCACCAGAAGGUUCAAACGCUUGUCCCAGACCCUAGUGGACAGGGGAAUGUUGUCUGAAGUGGAUAGGUGCGUGAUGUUCAUGUUGCACCUACCAGAGGAGAAGAGGAAAGAGGUCCUUGAAAAGACCCCAAGGGAUUCCGCAAAUUUCGAGAAAGUCGCGGAGGUAGUUUUCACAGGGGGAGGAGUAGAUGUGAGGGAGUAUAUGAAAGAGACCUUGGACAUGGCACUCCGCAACAUGCGAGGCACGCGAAACGAUGGUCCAAGGGGGAGCGAUAAACCGCCCCCGGGCCCACCUUUUCCUCGGUGGGGAGAACGACCUACCGGAUGGAGGAACGAAUCAAGUGGCCAAGGAGGUUGGAGGAACGACCGGGAGAUAGGGGGGAGUCGUGGUUCCGAUUGGGGGAGCUCCCAUUGGAAGGAUGCUAGGGAUGGAAGGUGGGGAGACGCCCCUCCAGCAAGGGCCCCUGGGCCGCGACCGGAGGUUAGGGCGCCACCACCCCCAGCACCACCGCCACCAGCUCCGCCUGUGCCUAUAGCGACAACAACACGAGGGGGUCUGCGCCCCAACAAUCCCCAAGCUCGGGCCGGGUGUGUCUACUGCAAUGAAGAAAAUCACAUCAAGCGGGACUGCCCCUAUCUCACGGAGACUUUGAGAUUGGGAAUGGUCGAGCUAAAUGAGAACAAAGGGAUCCCCCUAGCCGGCGGAGUUAAGAAGCACAAAACCGUGGCGGAGAAAGUAAAACCCGCCGCGGUUAGUCGGGAUAGAAUGGGGGAGGCUACAAUAUCGAAAGAGGAGAUAGCCGAUAUCAUCCGGAAGAGGAAAGAGAUGGAAGGGCAAAGGAUAACGGCCGAUAGACUGGCAAAAAUGGAUAUAGGAGAUGGGAAUCUCACGGAGGAAGAAAAACAGUUCAUAGCGAUGACCUUAAGGGGCUGCGAUAAGGCCAUUGCCUUUGAUGACUCAGAGAGAGGGAGAAUCGACCCAAGGUAUGCUAAGCCUGCCCGGAUCCACACGGUCCCGCACGUCCCUUGGAAGGAUAGGCCCCAAUGGAAGUACGCUCAAAAGGAGAAAGAAGAGAUAGUGACCUUCAUCAAGGAAAAAAUCAGGACAUUCGUCGCGGAACCUUGCAAGAGUGCCUACUCCAAUAAGUGGUUCUUUUUAAGGAAGGGAGAUAGCAACAAACUAAGAUGGAUCCAGAACCUCCAGAGGACCAAUGCAGUCACCGUAAGAGACGUGGGGUUUAUACUUGAGGUCGACUUGCUAACGGAAGGAUCGGCGGGUCGCUCAAUAUACUCUAUUUGCGAUCUUUUCUCGGGGUAUGACGAAAUUCCUUUKGAUUACCGGGACAGGCACAUGACCGCCAUGCAUACACCCUUAGGGCUGGUUCAAAUGAUGGUGGUACCGAUGGGUUGGACGAAUGGGGUAGCCGUGUUCCAAAGGGCCAUGAUCGCGGUCCUCAAGGAAUUCAUACCGGAGAAGGUGGAGGUCUUGCUGGAUGAUUUCCCAAAACGGCCGGUCGAGCGGGAUGAGACCGAGGUUUUCCCUGGGGUUAGAAAGUUUGUGGCCGACCACAUGAAAGAUGUCAGGGACGUCCUUGAGAAACUAGACGACGCCAACCUCACGGUAAGCGGGACUAAGUGUCGUUGGGGCGUAUCCUCCAUCAAGAUAUUAGGGUUCAUUUGCGAUAAGGAGGGGCGGAGGCCCGAUCCCGAGAAACUAGUAAAGUUGAUGACUUGGUUAUCGCCGCUCAAAUCCAUAACAGAGGUCAGGCAGUUUCUAGGGGUUGUGGGCUACUGGAGAAUCUUCAUAAAAGCCUAUGGAGAGAAAGCAGAACCCCUGAGAAGACUCCUCAAGAGAUUGGAAGGAUGGGUUUGGGGAGAAGAGCAAGCCGCGGCCAUGGAAGCUUUGAAGGGGGAGUUCCGCAAAGGUGGAGAGGUCCUGGGAGUCCCAUUUUUCGAAGAUGAGGAGAGUCGCCCGUUUAUAGUAUCCACGAACGCUGGACCUCACUCAGUUGGGGGCCUCCUGUCGCAAAAGGAUGGGGAGGGGAGAGAGAGACCGUUGCGAUUCGAGAGCCGGACCUUGAAUCCCGCAAAGAGAAAUUAUAGUCAAUUCAAGAAGGAAGUGUUGGGGGUACUGCAUAGCCUAAAAGCCUUCCGUCACUACCUGUACGGACGGCGAUUUCUCCUAAGGGUGGACCCGACAGCAGUGGCCGCAGUCCUCCAAAAUGAUUUCUCACUGACAGAUCCGACCAUCGCCCGCUGGAUGAUCCAUAUCAGGCUUUACGACUAUAGGGUCGAAAGGAUAUCGGGGGCCAAGAACCAGGUCGCCGAUGGAUUGUCCCGGCUUCCCAUUCGAGAGGAGGACCUGCCUAGGCUUAAGAAGGAAGAGGAGACAAUGGCCAAAGAGGCGAUAAUGAAAGUCGCCGCUAAUAGGGCGCAAGUAGCGGGGAGCAGCCGAGGGGAAGAAGGAGGCCCAAGGACUUUUCUCGCGAAUCUCUACGACGGGAAGUACCGAGACAUGGGACUAUAUUUGGCCGGUAGGGAAACAGGGACUGAAAGGAUCCAGCAAGAGGCACUGGGAUAUUGCCUGCGGGGAGGCCACCUCUUCAAAAGACCCACCAAGUUCGCGAUACCCAUGAGGGUGUUGUGCGAUCCGGAGGAGAAAAGGGCAGUCAUAGAGGAAUUACACGAUAGGGUCGUUGGGGGUCACAGGGGGGUUAAAGGCACUUUCGAUAAGGUCCGCAGGCUUUAUUGGUGGGACGGGCAAUACACCGAUGUGGAAAGGUAUUGUUCGACCUGUAAAGCUUGCCAGAAGAGGGCGACGGUUCGAUACAAAGAACCCUUAGUUCCGUCGCUUCCCACGGUCCCGGGCGAGAAGGUCCAUAUAGACUUGGUGACCAUGCCAAAAGGGUCGGCGGUCUUCGGUAUAUAAUCAACGCCCGGGAUGACCUCACCGGAUUCGUAAAAGCAAAGGCC